CCCUUUUGUUAUGGAUAAAAUGCAAAGGAAGUACUGAAAAAGGUACCUUUAAUGUGUCAAUGAAACAAGGCAAGGACAGUUGCACCAUUCCUACACCAAAUAUCAGUAUAGAAUAUACAGACUGCGAAAAACCUGAGAAUUCCAUAUGUGUAGCAAAUUCGUCGGAGCUCGAAGAAAAAUUUAAAAAAGAACGACUUACUCAAACAAAGCUGUGUUUGUUAUUAUCUUUCUACUUCUUAACGAGAGGCAAUACGGAAAUGGAUAAAAUUAAUUUGACUCCAAGGAUAAUGAAAGUCCCAUUCAUCGCCAACCUCCUCAUGCAGCAUCAACCAAAAUAUGAAUCCACAUAUCUGAAUACAUAUCAUAAGGGUGAAAUAUUAUGGUUUCCGACUAUGAAGAGUUUAUAUAAAAAUGGUUCAGCUAAUUAUACUCUGCAUAAUGAUUCAUCAAAAAUGGUGUACAUAUGGAUUUCUAAAGACGUGGUUCAAUCUUUGUUUGAAGGUGUUCAAACACAUGGAAUGUUUCGCUAUAAAAUUACCCCUGAGAAGCUUUUUCCUGGAAAUCCGGGAUUGAAUACUUCGUGUACCGAGGGUGUUUGUGUCGGACGUCUAGUACCAGAGCUUGAAGAGAAAUUCCCAAAUCAAUAUAUGGACUUGGACAUCUACAGUUUGGAGACGCCAAACGUCACAUUUGAGAAGAAUUUGGCGGUCUUGAAGUUCUCUACAGUCAUGUUUGUAUACAUUCGGCAUCCAAUAUGUACAAAUUCUACAUUGAUUGCCAAAUUGGAUGGAAGUGUUGAUAUACGAAUCAAAGUCUUUAUGAACAAAAAGCUUUUUCACGGAAACAUCGUUGCGUUUGAGCCAUAUCUUAAACAUGUGGAGUCAACUGUCCAUGGCUUUGAUGUUCAAAUGGUGAACUUCAUAUUAAUUAGUGCAGUGGUGACAACAGUAGAACCAGUGCUUAACGAACUCGGAAGAGAAGGGAUACCCUUACCACUUCCAGAUACAAUACUGUUGCAUAAUUCUACUGUUGACUUAAUUGAGAACGCUAUUGUCAUAGGAAGUGACGGCAGUUACAAUAGUACAGUGUAUUAGAUCAUUCCACGGACAGAUUGAAGUAUACAGUGGAGCCUCGUUAAUCCGGACACUCUGGUCCCGAACGAAAUCGUCCAGAUAAAUGAAUCGUCUGGAUAAAUGAAUAGCUUCUCAAAAAAUUCCUUUAAAAGCAUGUAUAUGUACAAAUAUUUAUAUGAAAUGCAAAGGCAAAGGAAAAAACAGAUACAUUUUUAAAAUUUUAUUUUUAUAAUUUUAAAAGGAAAAAGAAAUUUAAAAAAAAUAUGCAAAA